AUGCCAUUUUCUGUGUUUCCUGGCUGCUUUUGCCUAGACCUGCAGAAGGCCUUGAGGAUCUCUUUGUGUCCAUUGCCUGGCAAGGCCUUGGGGAUUCGCCCUGAGGCUGCAUCACUUUCUGAGACUCUUGGGUUCUGCGGGGCAGCCACUCUCUUGCUGCAUGAACCUUAUGGAAAGAGGGCACUCCAGUCUCUCCUGAACCUCAGGGCUGAUCAAAUCCCCAGGAACAAUGGAGACAGAUUUGCGUGUCUGGGAAGACCUGUUUUCCUGGGGAAGAUUGGGGGUGAUCUGGCUAAAGACUUGCUGAGAUUUUUCUAA